UAAUGGCUACCAUCAAGCUCAAUUUUCAUUCCAAUGGCAAUACUCAUCAUCUCCACAAUCAAACCUUCACCAAGAUUUCAACCCCAUUUUACUUCAGUUUACGAUAUCAAAAAAUGUUCCGGGCCUUCCGUGUGAAGUGCGGUGUGUCAGCCACCUUUAAGUCCAUAGAAAAGACUAGUUGUGUUCAUGAACAAUGGAGGGACAUACAUGGUCAAGACAAUUGGUCCAAAAUGCUUAACCCAAUGGAUCCACUCCUACGAUGUGAGCUCAUACGCUACGGAGAAAUGGCCCAAGCGUGUUACGACGCAUUUGAUAACAACCCGUAUUCAAAGUAUUGUGGAAGUUGUAAGGUUCCACCCAAGACUUUUUUUCAAGAUCUUGGGAUAGAUAAUGUGGGAUAUGAUAUCACAAGCUACAUUUACUCAAGUAAUACAAGUAAUCUCAUUCCCAAGUUUUUUACGAAGUCCAUCCACUCAGACGGGCCAUGGAACCCAGUCGUGAAUUGGAUGGGCUAUGUAGCCGUCUCAAAUGAUGAGACGACUGCUAGAUUAGGGAGACGAGACAUCACAAUAUCGUGGAGAGGUACCGUCACAAAAUUAGAAUGGAUGGAAGAUUUAGUGAAUUUCCUGAAACCUGUCUCGACUCAAAAAUUGGCAAGCCAAGACCCGGGCAUCAAAGUCAUGGCUGGUUUUUUGCAUAUUUAUACCGAUAAACAUCAAAAAUGUCUAUAUUCCAUGUUCUCUGCCCGUGAACAGCUUUUAGCCGAAAUAAGGAGACUAACAAAGAUAUAUGGGCAAAAAGGCGAAGAAAUGAGCAUCACAAUCACCGGUCACAGCUUGGGGAGUGCUUUGGCGAUUUUAAGUGCUUACGACAUAGCAGAAUCUGACUUACAUAGAAUCGACAAGCAAAAAACACCCAUAUCGGUGAUAUCGUUUUCAGGACCGAGGGUUGGCAACACAAGGUUUAAAAAGCGAGUCGAAGAGCUAGGAAUUAAGGUGUUGAGAGUGUUUAACGUCCAUGAUAAAGUUCCUAAUGUACCAGGAGUACUUUUAAACGAAUUCACAUCAUCUUUGGCUCAAAGUAUUGCGGAUUGGACUACAAUUUUCUACUCACACAUUGGGGAGGAAAUUGCUUUGAAUCACAUGAAAUCUUUUUAUGUUAAAGAAAAGUUAGACUUGGCUUCGAUGCAUAACUUGGAACUUCUCUUGCAUCUACUAGACGGGUACCAUGGUAAAGAUGCCAAAUUUUCGCCAGCAACAGGAAUGGACAAAGCAUUGGUUAAUAGAAAUGGUGACAUUUUGAAGCACGAAUAUUUAAUUCCACCGAAUUGGUCACAAGUCGAGAACAAAGGGCUCCGAAAAAACGCUAAUGGCAUAUGGGAGUUGCCAAAACAAAAUGGCAUCGAGGAUCAUCUACGACUAGACGAAGUCGAACUUCAUCUUAGAAAUCUAGGUCUCAUAUAGCUUGGAAAUCUAUGUCAACUACAACUUCGAAAUUCAUUUAGAUAACCUUUUUUAGAACGACAACUUUCGAAUUGAGACUUGGCCCCCACCAUCCAAGGUCAUACCAGAACAGUCGACUGUUUAAGUCUUAACCGGACCCUGCUACAUCCAACUCUGAAUAGACGUUCCAUGGAAAAAAGACGAGGCUCCCCACACAUCUUAAAUGGUAUUGGGUUCUUACCAGGAUUUGAACUAUCAUCUCUUGCGUAAAAUCUUGGAGACUCACCACCUGAAUAGCUAUUCUAUCAUUAGCUUUUAGUAAAUUCUUUCAAUUUAGUACAUCUUGUACAUAAAACUAGAACUAAUUCAACGAACAUUAUAAUUUCAUCUGUAUAUAAUUUAGAGAAGACAUUUUGGGUGA